GCCUGAUGUGAUGGUUUGAUCUAAUGUUUAAUUUGGGUUCUAGGUGUAGCAGCUAUACCGAAAAGAUGAGCGAGGACUCCAACGAUGAUAAACCAACGACUAAAUUUGAACUAGAGCGAGAGACAGAGCUUCGAUUUGAGGUGGAGGCAUCUCAGUCAGUUCAGCUGGAGUUGUUGGCUGGCAUGGCGGAGAUCUUUGGCACAGAGCUGACCAGAAACAAGAAAUUCACCUUUGAUGCUGGUGCCAAGGUGGCUGUUUUCACUUGGCAUGGCUGUUCUCUACAGUUGAGUGGCCGGACGGAGGUGGCUUAUGUCUCUAAGGACACCCCUAUGCUGCUUUACCUCAACACUCACACAGCCUUGGAGCAGAUGCGGAGGCAGGCAGAAAAGGAGGAAGAGAGAGGCCCCCGAGUGAUGGUCGUGGGCCCUACUGACGUGGGCAAGUCAACGGUGUGUCGGCUGCUGCUCAACUAUGCAGUGCGCUUGGGCCGCCGUCCUACUUACGUGGAGCUGGAUGUGGGCCAGGGCUCUGUGUCUAUCCCUGGUACCAUGGGGGCCCUGUACAUCGAGCGGCCGGCAGACGUGGAGGAAGGGUUCUCCAUCCAGGCCCCUCUUGUGUAUCACUUCGGCUCCACCACUCCUGGCACCAACAUCAAGCUUUAUAAUAAGAUUACAUCACGUUUAGCAGACGUGUUCAACCAAAGGUGUGAGGUGAACAGAAGGGCUUCCGUGAGUGGCUGCGUCAUCAACACCUGUGGCUGGGUCAAGAGCUCUGGGUACCAGGCCCUGGUGCAUGCAGCCUCAGCCUUUGAGGUAGAUGUGGUUGUGGUUCUGGAUCAAGAGCGACUGUACAACGAACUGAAAAGAGACCUGCCACAUUUUGUUCGCACUGUGUUGCUCCCAAAAUCGGGGGGCGUGGUAGAGCGCUCCAAGGACUUCCGGCGGGAGUGUAGGGAUGAGCGGAUCCGUGAGUAUUUCUAUGGAUUCCGAGGCUGUUUCUAUCCCCAUGCCUUCAAUGUCAAAUUUUCUGAUGUGAAAAUCUACAAAGUUGGGGCACCCACCAUCCCAGACUCCUGUUUACCUCUGGGCAUGUCUCAGGAAGACAAUCAGCUCAAGUUAGUGCCUGUCACCCCGGGCAGAGAUAUGGUGCACCACCUGCUGAGUGUCAGCACCGCCGAGGGCACAGAGGAGAACCUUUCUGAGACAAGUGUGGCUGGCUUCAUCGUUGUCACCAGCGUGGACGUGGAGCACCAGGUAUUUACUGUCCUGUCUCCAGCCCCCCGCCCACUGCCUAAGAACUUUCUUCUCAUAAUGGAUAUCCGCUUCAUGGAUCUCAAGUAGUAAUUAGCAAGGAGCCUCGCUUUCUGGCCACAAAGUUCUGGCCGUCACCACAGGCAGAUGGGAUAUGGGACUCUUACUAAGGCAGCUGACAAGGACCAACUAGUAGAAAGCACGCGUUCUACCUCUUAG